CUCUCGCGGGACCGAGAACGCGAUUCUCGCGGAAGCAUCGUUCAGCCGUCGAAGCUGCAGGGGGCGAAGGUUCUCACACUGAAACGGUCAGUUCCGUGAAGCAUGUUGCCUCUGCGUUUGCAGGGACUUCUGCUACCCAAACGCGGGAGACUGCGACGUUACGAAUGACUUCACCAGACCACUAGAAAGCAGCGUUUUAUUGUCAGGCAAACGAAGCGGAGCAAAAUGUGUCGCUGGAUUUGUCCCCCGCUGUUGCUGCUGCUGCUGCUGUUGUGUGAAGUUCAGCCUCAAGUAGAAAACCGGGUGGUUUUCCUGCCGGGAACGUUCCAGGAAGUCAGCGUCUCCCAGAACGAGACGGUGCAGGCUGUGGUGUCCAGGAUCCCCUCGGAGGUCGCCUUCAUCACCCUGCAGUUCCACACGCAGCACCGCAACAUCACGCUCUCCUACAACAGGAUGCCAGGUCUGGGUCUCUCUCUGACAGCAGUGGACUCGGGUCUCCUGUCGGCCCUCCGGCUGGGUGAAGUGUCCCUCUCCUUGUUCCUGUCUUCUUCUGAUGUUGACAACGUGGCGGCCACUGGGGUCAUCCUCCCGUACUCCAGCACCGAUCCGGUCCCUGGAGCCUGCAACAUGGAGUUCAACCUGGACAUUGACCCGAACGUCUACAUCCACUACAACCUCUACGAGACCACCAUCCGUUUUGCGCCGGCAAACUUGGGAUACGAGAGGGGAGGAACUCCUCCGGUCUGCGACGAAUCGACAGGCAGCAGCACGCGCUGGCGCCUGCAGUAUGACAUCUACCAGCACUUCCUGCUCGAGAACGACCUGUCACAGCGCAGCCUGUUCAGCGGCAUCCAGGCAGUGGCCGAUGUCCGCGGCAUGAUGGAGAACGGCAAACGGGUCAUGACACUGUCGUCGUCCGAUAAGAGCGUGGCGGUGUUCAGCUCCAUCCCCGGUCAGGGCGUCAUCUACUCCGUCAUCGUCAGAGACCCUCUGCUGAACACCUCGGCCUCUUACGUCCCCGUCCACACGUACGCCUGCAGCUUCUCCUCCACCCUGGACAGCUGUCAGACACUGGGAAAGAUAUCUACAAAAAUUUUCUUCACCAUCACCGGCCUGGCAGGGCUGUUUGUCUGCUUCUUUGGGCAUCGAUUCUUCAAAUGCGAGUUGUUUUGCAUGGGAUUCAGCUUCGUGGCGUUUUUCUUCUUCGUGCUGAUCACAAGGACCACAGACCUGAACUAUGACAUCCGCCUGGUCCUGUCAGCAGUGAUUGGCGUCGUGGGCGGGGUCUUGCUGGUGAUGAGCUGGUGGCGUUUCGGGUCAGUCAUGGCCUGCAUCAUCGUGAUCGGGCUGAUGCUCGGUUUCCUCAUCGCCUCCACGGUCUUCUUCACUCCUUUGGGUGACCUCGAAGUGUUCAGGCUUUCAGACGCGGUUUUCUGGGUGACGUUCUGCUGCAUCAUGGUCCUCGUUCCACUCUUCUUUGUGCGUUGGCCCAGAGAGGGAAACAUCGUCACGUGCGGCAUCAUCGGUGCUUACGCCGUAAUUCUUGCAGUCAAUGCCUACAUUUACACCAGCCUCUCCUACAUCACGCUGAACAUCCUCAAACGCUUCCUCAACAACAACUUCAGCGCUGCGUUCACUGACGUGCCCUUCCAAACCAUUGACUACGUCAUGAUCACAGUGUGGGUGGUGCUCGGCGUCGGCGGCAUCGUCCUGCAGCUCUACCGCGAGCGUUCCCGGCCGUUCUUCCCGCCGAGCCCGUACCUCAUGUGGCUGCAGGAACGCGAACGCCGCAAGACCAACGUCCUGGACCCGAGCCACCACUUCCCAUCGCUGCCCAACCGCCUCCUGGCCAGAGUGCGGCAGCUCACCAAGCGGACAGAGUCGACCGGAGAACACACACCUCUGCUCCUGUGAGCCUUCGGGAGGGGGGGGGGCCCUCACCGCCUCUGUGAGGCGGAUUAUCACAUGCACAGUCGGGGGGUCUGAAGCAGAGAGGACAAAUCCCUGGGGUUUAUUUUCAACCUGUGGACACUCAGACUGCUAAGUUACAAGGAAACAUCUUGUUUCCUGUGAACUCUUGCUGGAAACACGGCCAAAGAAACGCAGCAUGAAUGAAGUCCAGAGGGAUUGUAUCACUGACACGCUUCAGGUGGAUGUGGGUUUAUCAAAACCCCCCCCCAAAAAGUUUCUGACCAAGACACUUUUCCCUGAACACCACUUUUAUUUAACACUUGCAAGACAUUUUAUGAGUCACUGAAACUGGUGAAGGACUAAAGGAUUGUAAUCGAAUGUCUUUUAAUUCCUAAAACGUAGCUGUUGGUGCUUCAUGACGUCUGUUGCUUCUGUUCGUUUUACUGUUUGCACUAAGAUUACAAACUACUAACGAUUUACUAAAUGAGGCAUUUUAUCUGUGGAAAGUUGGAUUUAUAUGACAAAAUGUUUCGAUUAUCUGCAUUGUGUCGAAAAACGCGUGUCCACUCAGAACCUCAUGUGUUUAUAGUUUGGUCACAAACAAGCAUCAAACAAUAAACUGACUCCCAGUACAUAAAUAAACACAAUAUUGCACAGUUUUUACAUUUUAGCUUUUACACAAAAUAAGGAAAAAGAAAAAAACAACAGUAUUUUCCUCCUCCUCCUCUGAACACCUUUUAAAUUGCACUUGUGUGUUCUGAUUGGACGGCACUUGGCAGUCUUUGCACACUGCAUUUCAAUAUCGACUGAUCCUGUGUUUAUCUGUGGCUCUGUUGAAACUCGUGCUAAGGCUUUUCGCAGGGUUUCACACUCAGCUUUCAGACAACUGAUGACACCUUCGACUUCAGUCUUCAAGCCUCAAGCUGUUAUAUUUUAUUUUCGUUACUAAGCUGCUUUUGGCCUUGUGACUUUUUAAAAGAAAUCUAAAACAGUAUGCAGAUGUGUCUGAUUAAAUGAAGUCAGUUUUAUUUGUAAUUUGCCAUGUUUUGAUAGAAAAUAAAUGCCUACGGGUAAAAACUUG